AAUCAUGAUCAUUGUAAGCUUUGAUUCUUGGGCGCCAAGGCCUCUUUACCAUCUUAUUUGUUAAAAUGACUGCAGUAAUAGUUUCGGAAGGAUCAGUGCCUUUCUUGAACUGGAUUGUGCACAAGGUUCUUUUAGAGAGGAAUUUGUAUACGGCAUUGAACAUUUUUUUAAACACAAAAGAAACAAAUAGAAACGAUGAAACAUUGCUAAAGUUAUGAAUAGUGCAACCUCUCUUUGGUGAGUUUUUCUUUUUCUUUUUGUUUUUAUAUGCAAUAUGACAAACAAGCAGCUUAUUAGCGCCUAAAUUUAGGAUAAAUUCAUAACCAAACCGUUUAUGGCAGAACCCAGAAGCGAAAUAUUUUCAAUCGCAGCUAAACUGAUAUUCAGGCACCCUUUAUCGUUACACAGUGAACAGCUGGAAUAAGUGACUACAUUCCUUUUUAGUCGCAAACAUUAUUCAUUAGCAAAGGCUCACUAAGUAAAUUCCCGAUGCACGAAAUCUGAAAGCCGCUAUUACCGAGCGCCAAUUGUGACUGGCGAUAAUUACAAAAAGCAACGACACAACAUUUCGAUAUAUUGACGUUUUGUUCAAGGGGCCAUUUGCUGGGUGCGGGUGCAACGGAUGGUUGGGCUUACUGAUUGUCUUAGGGAUGCACUUGCUAACGAUUGUCGGAGAUGACCGCUUAAGAAGCUAUGAAAUCCGCCCUUGUACAUACCCAGAAGACAUAUACUAUUCCCAUUCAACAUGAGCGAGACGGUGGACAUUGACGAGGUUCAUUCCGAUGGAGUAGUUGUAAUGGCUAUUCGAGCUAUACGAGAAGGAAAAAAGGCCAUUAGCUUUCUGAUUCAGAAUGCGGCUUUGGCUUGGACGGUUUACGGGUCUGCGUACAAUCUGUAUCUCCAUAUCGAUUUUGAGGAAGCCAGCUCUGACAGUUGGGUGUACUUUGUUCAGAAGUACAUUGAGCAGAGAAAAGAAACGGAAACCGGCCGCUUUACUGACAUCCCAAAAGGUGUCUACGUUCUUUCGUACAAAGAAUACCGGGACAAGGUCAACCGACAUGGGGAUGAUAUUGUGUUUAUCAAAAAGGAGAGCACAUCAAAUGCAAGUCAAAGGACCCUAUAACGAUAGCUUUGGUGAAUAAUAACUACGAUGAUAUAUAAAAGAAGAAACUACGAACUUAUAAGGGUGUCUCCCGCAGCCUACCAAAUCAUUUUUUGAAACGUCUGCACGUUACAUUCAUUAUUAUUCUUUCAUGGUAUAGUAGGUGGUAUCCAAGUGCAGCAUGUCUUUCGUUACUUCAAGCAUGUCACCGUGUGUUUUCACUCGAUUACGGUAUUCAUCGUAGGGAAGAAUAAAGACACCUGCAGGAAUCAUAAUCUCCCAGUAAUUUUUGGCAAGUGUCUCAUUUGUACAUUCGAUGAGGUGUUUUUGUACAAAGGUGUACAGAUGUUCAAAGUCAACACUGUCCAAAUCAACAUAAAGGAAUGCAAGGUAUUCUGGGUCAUAAAUGGUUGCUGACGAUCCUUCGGUAAUGCUGGCGCAAAACCAGGAUCGCUUCUCUCUUAACGAAUCCAAAAUUCCGGGUAUGACAUUUCGUCGAUCAACUCCUAUGUCUAAAUUGGCGUACAUUUUCGUAUCAAUGGAUUCCAUACUGAGCGUCUUCAAAGGCUGUCUACUGGAAUGAAGCACCGCUUAUAACGACAGUGUCAUCAACCCCGACCAUUGAUGCUAAGAACAAGGCUUCCGGUUUCCACGGGGCGAAUAUAGACACUGUAAAGUCGUAAAGUGGCGGGCGAUGACAGUGUCCCAAUGAGGGAAAGUAAUUGAGCUGCGUAACGUAGUAUUUAUGUAAAGAGUUGCAUGAAAACUGUCUGAGCAGUUUGAUUUGAAUGUGUUGGUAUUAUACACGCUGUUGCAACAGCUACUAUCGCUGCUGACAGACCGAGUUUCGUUUAUCGAAUGAGCAGCAUAUAAAUUACCCUGUGUAAAAGAAGAAGAAGAAGAAGAAGAAGAAG